AGAUGAUUUACACAAUGAAGAAAGUACAUGCACUUUGGGUUUCCAUAUGCCUGAUGCUUAAUCUUGCCCCUGCUCCUCUUAAUGCUGAUUCUGAGGAAGAUGAAGAAUACACAAUUAUCACAGAUACUGAGUUGCCACCACUGAAACUUAUGCAUUCAUUUUGUGCAUUCAAGCCAGAUGAUGGCCCAUGUAAAGCAAUCAUGAAGAGAUUUUUCUUCAAUAUUUUCACUCGACAGUGUGAAGAAUUUAUAUAUGGGGGAUGUGGAGGAAAUCAGAAUCGAUUUGAAAGUAUGGAAGAGUGCAAAAAAGUGUGUACAAGAGAUAAUGUAAACAGGAUUAUACAGACGGCAUUGCAACAAGAAAAGCCAGAUUUCUGCUUUUUGGAAGAAGAUCCUGGAAUAUGUCGAGGUUAUAUUACCAGGUAUUUUUAUAACAAUCAGUCAAAACAGUGUGAACGUUUCAAGUAUGGUGGAUGCCUGGGCAAUAUGAACAAUUUUGAGACACUGGAAGAAUGCAAGAACACCUGUGAAGAUGGUUUGAAUGGUUUCCAGGUGGAUAAUUAUGGAACCCAGCUCAAUGCUGUGAAUAACUCCCAGACUCCACAAUCAACCAAGGUUCCCAGCUUUUUUGAAUUUCACGGUCCCUCAUGGUGUCUCGCUCCAGCAGACAGAGGAUUGUGUCGUGCCAAUGAGAACAGAUUCUACUACAAUUCAGUCAUUGGGAAAUGCCGCCCAUUUAAGUACAGUGGAUGUGGGGGAAAUGAAAACAAUUUUACUUCUAAAAGAGAAUGUCUGAGGGCAUGUAAAAAAGGUUUCAUCCAAAGAAUAUCAAAAGGAGGCCUAAUUAAAACCAAAAGAAAAAGAAAGAAGCAGAGAGUGAAAAUAGCAUAUGAAGAAGUUUUUGUUAAAAAUAUGUGAAUUCGUUAU